AUGGCACUACCAUCUGUUCCCAACGAACUUCGUAGAGUGUUUGAAUCCAUAAACCAAAAUGGCGAUGGAAUCCUCACUCUGCACGAAAUCAUUUGCUUCCUCAACAAGCUUGGAAUGCAUCUAACAGAAGAACAGCUAAACUGCUUGUUGAUGGGGAUUUCCCACAGACAAGAUGGUAGCUUAACAUUUGAUGAAUUUGUUGGGCUUUACCAAUCUGUUUUAGAUGAGAGGAGCUAUAGUACGAGUAGUGGUAGUAAUGAAGGAAGCCAGGAUUUAUGUUUAAUGGAGGCAUUCAAAGUUAACGAUUUGAAUGAAGAUGGGUAUAUUUUUUCUUCUGAGCUUCAACAAGUUUUGUGUAAUUUGGGAUUGAUAGAGCAAGGAGAGAAUUGUUUGGAGAAUUGCCAGAGAAUGAUAUGCAGAUAUGAUGAGAACUUGGAUGGCCUCAUAGACUUCGCCAAGUUUAAUUAG